GAUGUCCAUGUCAUUUCAGCUUUCUGUCAUCGCUCAUUGAUUGAUGACAUUUUCGACUUCAAUCAAUCAAUUUCAUUCAAGUUCUUGGAAUUGGAAGAAAGUUCAGCAACUUGGUUUAUUUUAACCUUCUUUAUCAAAAAUAUUUCUUGAAAAUGAAAAUUGUGAUCUUUGGCUCCACUGGUAUGACUGGCCUUUGCGCCGUCGAGGCCGCCAUCAAAAAAGGCAUCUCAGUCCGUGCUUUCGUCCGCGAUGCGUCGAAGAUGCCCGAAGCCUUAAAGGACAAAGUGGAGCUGUUCCCCGGGAACGUUCUAGAACCCGACAGCGUGGCUGAUGCCGUCGAUGGCACAGACGGCGUGGUCAUCGCUUUAGGAACCCGCAACUGUCUUGAUGCCACCUCAGACAUGUCUGAAGGGACCAAGAACAUCAUUGAUGCGAUGCGAGCGAAGAAUGUGAAGCCGGUCUCUGCUUGUCUGUCUGCGUUCUUGUUCUAUGAGCCCGCGAAGGUCCCUCCGAGGUUUGUGGACCUCAAUGAGGACCACAAAAGGAUGUAUGAAGUGUUGAAGGACAGUCCUCUGAAUUGGAUCGCUGUGUUCCCCCCUCAUAUUUCUGACGAGCCCAGCCGCGAGGUGACAGUAUUACCAAACGCGACAAGUUCCCCUGGUCGUGCGAUCUCCAAGUGGGAUCUAGGCACCUUCCUGGUAGAGUCUCUAUCUGAGCCCAAAUACUACAAAUCCGUUAUCGGCAUCGCUAAUAAGUAGAAUCACAAUAAUUUACUAAUAGAUUUUUUAUCUCCCGAAAGCGAAACCAUACUUCGGAUUAUGAGAGUGAAGGAAUAGUGAGUACACCUGUGUCUGCGCAAAUGCUUGUGCACUAUAUAUGUAUGUCCUGCGCAGUUGGCUGAUCUCCUUAUAUGAGAACAGCCGCCGUAGUCGAUAAUCAGCUAGGCGGUGGACAUCAUCAUCAUCACGUCUCGGCGACUCGGUCAGUACUGAGUGCUCCCGAGCUUACAGAUACAAAGACGAUGUGCAUGUUAAUUUACACACACUAGUAUAUCGAAGGCGCUUUCGGGAAAUAAAAUAUCUAUACCGAAAACUAGGAAACAGUAAUUCUACAUUACGUCCGAUAUAUCUUUGCGAGUCUGAAGUUAGCCGUUUAACUGCGCAGUAAACAAUUUUGUUCGUAACCAUUCUACUGCGCAGAUCAUCAGCUAACUUCAGAUUGACUAAGUUACGUCGGACGUACUGUAAGUGCCAUUUACAAAGUGAAUAUAUGUUACAAAUUGUUACAGUUUUUAAAGCUAUUUUUUAGCAUUUUUUGUGAACAGUAGAAUAUUCCUAAUUAUUAUUAAAAUGGAUGGUCGACAAAUUCAUGUGAAGUCUUGCAAAAGUGGUUCACUCAUCGGUUUAUGUAUGAUGACUCCAUUAUAAGAUCUAUUUUUAUGUGGUUAUUCAUUUUUGGGAACAAUGAAUUUUUGUGCUGAAUUUAUAUAUAAAAAGACCCUAAAACAUGACUAUGAUCAUAACCCAUAACAGGCACGAAAUAGACAUCAGUGUUUUUAUUCGAACCUUCGAAUAAACUGAGAACUUCCCGUGGAUAUGUCUGCCGUUAAUCAGUUGCACAAAACUACAGUUUACUGGGCCCAAGGACGUUGAUAUCAAUUACGUAAAUGUAUGUUAAUAAGAACAGAUGAAACGCAUUUUUAUUAUGUAAGUUAUAAAUGAAGCUAUUUUAUGAAAUAAAUAUAAUUCCGUUACGUUAA